GGUCGCGUCGCUGCGUUCGUCUCGUCGCGCCUUGAUGUUUACUUUUCCCUUUCUCCACACAUCCAGCAUGGAUGGUGUCGCUGGCCGACGAGCAUCCUGUUAGCAGGGUCCCAGUGACGGCAGGGCAUGGCACGCCAUGGCAGCCAUAAGCGGGCCAACUACGUCAGCAGCAGCGGUCGCCGACGGGAGCGUGCCCUGCUGCAGCGGCUCAUCACGCUGCCCAGAGCCGACCCCCGUGGUGACACCAGUCGUGCCAGCCCCCAUUAGAGCGGGCGGGGGCCACGGGGACCAGAGGCUCGUCACGGCAGCCAGGGAUGGAGACUUCAAGAAAAUUCGUCGGCUGCUACAGAAACACAGGGUCAAUGUCAACGCCCGUGAUCCAUCUACAGGGAACACUGCUCUCAUGGUGGCAUCUUUGGUGCAAGACCCUGAUGCCAUGAGUGAGCUGCUGCAGCACGGGGCGGACCCGACGCUGCACAGCUACACGGGUCAGAACUGCCUUGACUCCCUGCCGGCCUCUCUGGUGCACCUGGUGCUUGGCUUUCCUGACUACCUGCUCAAGGAGAGCCCCCACCGAAGCAACGAGGAGCGGCGGCUCCUACUUGCUGCAUGGAGCGGCCAGCGGGACGAGGUCCAGCACCUAUUGUCCCAGACAGGAAAUGGGGGGCUCGACAUCAACUGCACCAAUGCGGAAGGUUCUACACCACUGGUGCUUGUCUGCCGGGACCUUGCCACUUUCCAGGAACUCGCCUCUGCGGGCGUGCUACGCUCGUAUGACCCGCUAGGCGUGAUACGGGUUCUUCUCGACCAUGGCAUACUCAUCCACCGUGACGUCAAUCACCAGGACCGACAGGGCAGAACUGCCCUGCACUAUGCCUCCCACACGUGCUGCGAGCACACAGCACCCGUCAUUUCCCUCCUUCUUCAGAACGAGGCGAAAGUUGACAUCAAGGACAAGCACGGCUUCUCGCCGCUUCAUUUUGCGAGUCAAGCUGGCUCGGUGGAUGCCAUACAGCUUCUCUUAGACGCUGGGGCUGAUCCGAGUGCCACAGGCCUUGGAGGCAUUGCGCCACUUCAUCUUGCUGCAUCAGCAGGCAAGAUAGCUGCUGUGCGGCUACUCCUGGAGCGUGGUGCUGACGUUCUGAGCUUUGCCCAGGAUGGCAAGUCACCCCUCUGCUGUGCGGGCAGCACUGAUGUGUACAGUGUGCUGAGGAGAGCCGUCGAGAGCGCCCUCUGUGAGAGAGCAGACAAGCUUCGGCUCACACCUCUGGAGCACGAAAAACGAAAACUGGGUCAACUCAUCUUGCAGUCAAGGAACGUAACUGCACCAGGAGAACAGAGCUCACCUGGCAGUUCUACUGCCAAGGAGGAAGGCUCCAGUAGUAGUGACAAGGAGCCGAGCGAGCCAGAGGCGGAGGCAGUGCUGAAGACGAAAGCCAGCAGCAGCUCACACUCGGUCCUCCGCGGAGGAGACCCGUCGCUGUCUGCGUUUCGUCGCUACCAGCCACCAAACCUGCCUUCCCAUCACAUUCCGGGCUGGCGGCAGAAGUCGUCUCACGGCGGCUCCCACUUCAUCCCCGUGCGACCGCGCGACCACUCGUCCGACGAUGAGCUGCGGCACGGAUGGUGUGCCGAAGGCACACUCGAAAACAACAGCUAUCAUCGCCAAAAGACAAUGCCUUCAAACACACCGUUGGAGCUUCCCCUAGAUCCACACUCUGCUGCGUCCGUUGUUGUCGAGGCCAAGAAUGGCAUAAACUCUGCAUCCGAAAGUGAAAAAAAGGUUGAGGAGAACAUCCUAGAGGCGCGGACAGAGAGUCCGCUUGCGGAGUCGGCUCGAACAGCAGCUUGGGUCUUCGGGGGCAGCACCGAGAAUGUGGUGCCGAAGGAGAUGUAUGCAAAGGUGCGCCCCAAGCAUCGAGGAGGAGCAGGAGGAGGAGUUGGUGGUGGCAGCGGUGGUGGUGGCGGCGGCGGCGGCGGUAAUGGUGAUAGCUGUGACUCCGAAUCUGCAGAUGACGAGCACAAACAGUCUGCUUCACGAAAGCGACCCUCUGCAGCGGCGCAGAGGCGGAAAAAGACUCAGCACUAUGCCAAGAAUUACCACCUCAGCCGACUCAAACUGCGUCCCGAACUGGCGGGCCGCAGCAUACCAGACGUGGCAGCCACCGUGCCACCAAAAACCGUUUCCGCAGGGCGGCAGCAGUCGGACGCGUCGCUGGGGGCUUCGGAGGAUACCGCCCAGCAGAAGGCACCUGCCACGUCGUCUGCCUUGGCGACGGCGGCGGCACCUGCGCAGCCCAAGUUUUCGCUGAUCACGAAGAGCAAGGAAGGCGGCCACCUGCGGCCCAAUGGAUCGCGCAUGCCGGUGCCAAGCACCCGGGGACUUAUGAGCAAGUUCUUGCCGCCGUGGGUGACACGUGAUGACGUGUCGUCGCACCUGUCGUCCGCAUCUUGGGUCUACUUGCCUUCCCUGUCACCAGAGGAAGGCGGAGACGAGCCGCGGUUGUCGCUGCCACGAAAGGAAGAGAUCCCCGAAGUGGCCAAGCCCAGUGAGCCCGCGGCAACGACGUCAUCCACAACGGCAGUGAAAUCAGUCCGUCCCGAGGGAACGCACACGCUGACCUGUGGCAAGCGGGGGAGCAGUGGUGGGACAGAGGGUUCUGCAUUCCACACGGUCAGCGCCAAGGGAAAAGGUUCGGCGGCUUGUCAGCACGCGCCACCGGAGCAGCCGCGUGCGCCCGUGCCGCCGCUGCCCAAGAACCUCCAUGACAUCCCUGCAUUUCCCUCGGGACCCCCUUUUCCUUGGAUCAAGGGAAAGCUCAUUGGCAAAGGGGCGUUCGGCCUGGUAUGGUGCGGCCUGCGCAAGUCCGGUGGGGAGCUGGUGGCCGUCAAACAGUUUCAGCUGGGUGGGGCCGACGUGCUGUCGGCGGUUCAGCUAGAGGUCGACAUUCUGCAGUCACUCAAGCACCCCAACAUCGUUGGCUUCCUCGGCGUGCAGCAGGAAGAGGCACUCGUCAACCUGUUUCUCGAGUUCGUCUCCGGCGGCAGCCUCGCUGCUAACCUGGCCCAAUUCGGGGCCUUCCCCGAGACGGUGGUGCGUCGAUAUGGGCGGCAGCUCCUCCAGGCUCUAGCCUACCUGCACCAGCGAAAUGUCAUCCACCGAGACAUCAAGGGUAAUAACGUUAUGGUCUGUCCUGGAACGGGCACCAUCAAGCUUAUCGACUUUGGGUGCGCCACGUUUGAGCCUUCGUCAGCGGACUGUGAAGGACUGGUGGCCAGUGCCAGAGGCACGCCCUACUGGAUGGCGCCGGAAGUCAUCUGCCAGGAAGAAUGCUCGCACAAGUCAGACGUCUGGAGUGUCGGUUGCACUGUGAUUGAAAUGUUCCAGACAAAGCCUCCUUGGUACGAGCUUUCUCCCCUGGCUGCAGCCUUUGCCAUUGGACAAGGCACAAGUGACCCAAAAUUUCCGGACCAGAUCAGUCCCGAUGCCCGAGACUUCAUUCUCACCUGCCUUAAGAGGUGCCCCGGUGAGCGACCAACGGCGGAGGAACUGCUAACGCACCGCUUUCUCCAGACUGGAGCCAUAGAGGACCUCUAACGGAAGGGUGAAACACAUCCAAGGCUUCGUUUCCAGCCUUACGGAGUCUUCAACACGCUUUGCAACUUUGGCCACUGGGCAGGACACAAUCGCUUUUUUUCCCCUGAAAACGUCAUCUGCGCUCACCGUAGCUGCGCUCACUGUCCACGAACAUCAGGACGUUGUCAAAUAGCGCAGCUGUGCCGCGGAGGCAUCGGUGCUUGCACUAUUCUCGACGUUGCGUGUCGACUUGCAUUUGGCAGGUCAAGAGUCAAGCCGGUCACCUGCCCAAACAGAGAGAGAGUGUGUGUGUGAGAGAGGGGGAGGCUGUUGGACCUUAACGUAACUUGUACCUGUUGCCAACGGCAUGUUAUCGACGUAGAGCUCACAUACGAUUUAUUAAUCUUUUUUUCCCCUUUCUCGAUGCACUGGUAACCCAAAUAACACUUUUUGCUCAGGUAAAUGGCAGCCUCUGCUAUCUCAAUGGCCAAAACGAACCUGGAAAGCUCCCAUUGCAUCGAGUCAAACAGUGAUGCUCCGAAAAAAAAAAAAAAAGAGAGAAGUUGUAAUUUAGGUUUGUUGUUUGAGUGUUUUACAAAUUUAGUGAUGUUCCUUUUUUAUGUAUACAGAGACAAGCAUAUAUAUUUAUUUCUAUUUAAGAGAUCUUCUUUUUGAAGCUGAAACGAAUGUAAAUAUGUGUUAAAAGCUGGCUGCUCUCUCCUUUUUUCGUGUUGUCUAGUUAACUGCUGCUGAUGCAUAGGCUGUAGACAAGGACGUUUUAGGUUUAUCGAAGUAAACAAGGCUUGUUACUAACCGCAGGCGGCGACUACCAGAAGGAAAUAUUUGGUUUACUGAAGGAAACGUAACAGUACAAGAUUGGCAGGAUAGUUUCUCAGCUCACAAUAUGCUUCAGUUAUUUGCUCACGACAUGCACAAUUAAACACAUUAACAAAGGACAGAGAGUAGCUAGUUAGGCAGCCAUUUUGUUGCAGAUAUAAACUUUCAACAAUGUACAUUUGUGAACAUGCUGACCCCUGCUCAUCGAAUGUCAUGUGCAAUCUUGUCUUUGAACAAUCCUGCUCUCAAGACUUUUUCCUGAAAAUAGACUUGUUACUCAUGCUGAAACACCUUCGAUUCAACAUGGCACAUGUGAUAAGUAGCUGCCAUAAAAACCUGUUUGCAACACGGAUUUUCUGGACUGUUUCUAGUGCCUAACUGUUAAUAGUGGAAGUGCCUGGUCUUAGCUAACAUGAUGAAGUAUCCCAAGGCUAGCACAAUAUACGUACAUGGGCCUCUGAUUGGUCUCAAGCCAGUCAUUAAGCUCGAUUGCCAUAAUAUUCAGAAUCACUGCCCCAUUGCAUCAGAGAACACAGUUUACUAGGAAGGGCAGAGAGAAUGUAUUGGUCUAUAGACAAAUGUGUGAAGAAUGAUCAAGAGUGAACAAUGAUUGAUAUGCUUCAAUAAAUGUUUCCCAGUGGCAUGUAGCUACUAUAUCAAUUUGUCAAUGGAUCAAGUCUAAAGCUGAUGUGCAGUUACUGAAUAUUGUGGUAGUUAGCUUGUUUUUUUUUUUUUUUUAAUUGAUUAAUUUGAUUUUGAGUGCUUAGUAGCUUGUAGUGGAGUGCUAAUGGAAAACACACAGAACCAUUUACAAAGAUAGCUAGAAAAAUUUAACAGCUUCUGCAUUGUGCGACAUUAAUGAUCACUAUCAAUUGAUUGGAAGGGGGCAUCGAGGGGUGCGCAAUUUUCUUUUGGUGUUGCUUUUUACUGACUUUAGAAAGAGCUUAGUCUUGCCAUUUCUCUUCCUCGUGACAAAUAGCUCACAUGUUGUGCACUGCUUCCCGGUAUGGCAUUGGUGUGUUUGUUGCAUAAUUACAAGCAAAAGGUUGGUAGGCUGGUCGCUCUAUUCACGCAUAUACCUUGGCUUGAGUGCUUCUCCUCAACCCUGCCAAAUGGAGGGACAGCGCCAUCUCUCAAAUGAUGAAGUAGUCACAGUGCGCUUCCGUAAAUCUCAUCGCCAGUUACAGAACUGUAAGAGUAAUUUCAUAAUGGGGCACUGGAGUGGAGAAGCAUUACUGGAGCAACUCCUCAUCACAGCAAUUGCCGAAGGGCAAUCUUAAAGUGCAUUCACCACUCGUGAACAGGUGUUUUUCAAGCAACUCGUUACAGGAAUCACUGAGCGUUCUUGAAACACUGCGAACACUUAAUUAAACAGUGGCACUUCCCUUUGCAUGCUGAAGUCGAGGAGGAAUGUCAAGGCAUGUUUCCGAAUAGAGUGGUGAAACUCGGGGAAAGCUGGCUAGGCUUAGGGUUAUGAACAAGGGAAGGGCCUCAGUCCAAUGCCACCGUUUUCUGACAAGACAACUUGUCACAUUCGGAGCAGCAGGGGUCAUCAUUGGCAUUGGCCUCAUGUGUGCUUCUCACUACAUCGGUGGAAGAAGCCGUCCUCUUGUGGUGCAAGAGUGAUUAGCUAUGGUAGUGCAUGUGGCAUUUGUGGGCGGCGUAAAGGUUUCUUGUCACUGGGAGAAUGGGAUUGCAGAAGCUGCCAGUAUCAAAAACACACAAAUGGGGCACAGACGUCAUUAUAGAAAAAAAAAUUGCGGUUUAGGUUCUUGUAAUUGGUGUUAACGGCUAGCUGACACCAAACAAGUAUUGGAGGAAACAAUUUUCCAAGCCCAUUACUCCUUUUUCCCCCUUUUGCUCCAAGUUAUGACCCUACAGAUAAGCCCAGAUUAAUGCACAGUCUGUUGCGUCAGACAGUACCGUUAACCCUGUGUUGCAUUCAGGUUUUUAAGGCAUGCUAACAUCAAAGUUGUGCUCGUCAUCCUCGAGCAGCUUCAGCAAAAGUUUACAUCUCGUGGAAGAAAAAGAUGCUGUGAAGUUAUUUUGUGAGCUGCUGGUAGAUGGCGUAUGCAUAAGAUAUACAUUACACUCGGAAUGGUGUUAUCAGCACUGUUGUACACAGACCGACUAUAGUGAGAGUCGGUGAGAAGGGUUGUCCCCUGUAAAUAAUGCAACACGAGCAAAAUAACAAAUUAUCUUCUGCGAGACUACCGCUGCUAUUGUUGCAAGCAGCGUUAAUAUGAGAGCUAGAGGCUGGAGUUGCACUGGCUCACUACCAGACCAGGGCUACUUUUCAUGACUCAAGUUAUUUUUAAUGUGGGAUUGACAUGCUGACAAGUGCUGCAAAAACUUUUUUUUUUUUUUUCCAUUUUGCAGACUUCGAAUUUACACCAGGUCAAUCGCAGAAAGUUUGUCAAUGACAAAAGACAAUGUCAUAUCCCGAGUGAUAAGAAAUGAAACAGACUUCUAUACAUAAAGCUUUUACACUUGUCACUGCAUACUUGCCUAGGCAGUGGUUAUGCGACGUGAAAUAGCCAUACUCUGAUCGCACAGUUCUGGACAGUGCAAUGAAACGCAUAGCUUUAGGCUGUCCAGUCGUAAAAGGACCUUUAAGCACUUACCACUCCUGGCUUUCCCAUACAAUUAUUUAUUUUUAUUUGUUGGACAGAUUUUGUGACAUGUUGUGUGCUUUCCUUCAAUGCACGAAACUAUUGACUCUAUGGUUAUUGGGUCAAUAAGACUUCAUCAGUUGGAGGACGAGGAUGUUCUGCUGUCACACACAUUGUUGCAAGCUUGAAAACUAACCACAUUUUGCCAAGUGUAAAGCAUUCAGAGCCAAAGCAUUGAGCAUCAUGACAAAUUGGGGAAUUUUUUUUUUAUUUUCAAUAAAAUUCAAUCUUCCAUUCCAAUAAAAAUGCUACUGAAGUUGGUUAGAAAUUCUCUGUACAUUUAUAAUCUCUCAAUUAUCUCCUUUCUUGCAACAGUAGAAGGAACCAUGGGGCAAUGUCCAUAACAUUCAGGUUGCUCUUGUUUCCAAGAUUUAUGGAUGUGAACGAAUGCUGCAGUUCAGUCUGCAUGGAAAUUUGCCCAUGAAAUGGUACUCGUCAACAGCAUAGAAAAUAAUACGCCUUUCUUUUUCCUAAUUGUUAAGAAAGCAUUAACAUCAAUGAGCUCAAAGAAUCAUCACAGGUGAUAUAGUUACACAGCACUCAGUGAUAGCAACGAUCCCAUAUUCACUCAUCAAUGAUACUCAUUGCCCUGCUCUUAACCCCUUGAUUAUUACGAAAGCUGAUGCUUCAUGUCUGAAACAAGAGUCAGUGCUGACAAGUUUUCUAUUGAAGACCGGUGGGUUCCAGACUCGUGUUAACUUCUCACUUUAGAUGUAACAUGAAACAAAUUAAAGAAUUUAGCUUCGCGCAUAUUGUUGGUGAAUGCCUUACCAGGCAUUUUGCCUACCAUGCUCAGUGUUUCUAUAAACAAUGCUCGCAAAUGACUUUUCCCUAAAUUUAUCAGGUGCUAAAUUUGGCUGAUUUUGUUGUUUGAUUCAUGGGCCCUGAUGUCCCAUAACAACACUAGGUCUCUGAGAGACGCCAUUGUGGAGGGCUCCGGAUUAAUUUGGUUGCCUGGCGUUCUUUAAUAUUCACCUUUAUGUAAUAAGUAUGCAAGCAUUUUUGCUUCAAUUAAAAUGCAGCCGCCAAGGCCAGGAAUCGAACCUGCGACCUUAAACUCUGCAGCAUAACACCGCAGCCACGUAGAAAUCAUGGCAGGUGGGUGUAAACGAGUAAUUUGAACACAUUUACUGCCAACUGAGGGAGGGACAGCUGCACAUCAUGAAAACUGUAGUACGACUUAAAAAUACCUUACAAAGACGAACUCAUCUGUUUGACAUUGAAGCUUGCAUGUCCUAUAACAUAUACACCAACUUUGCUGACAUGCAUUGCUUGGCCUCAAUACCCCUUUGAUGUGAGAACUUUGUUCUCGUGAAAGAUUUUGAAAGGGGUCUUGGACAUUCUCAUGAAACACUGCCAUAGCCUGUGCACUAGGAGCUUUCUUGUGCGUGCAUGCAGUCAGCUGUCUAACUCCCUGGUAAUGAAACCAGUGCAAGUCGAGCCUCGGUGCAUAUAACGUACGAAAUCUUCCAUACCAAGUUUGUGUUGUAUUGCAUCUACGUAUUCCCGCCUGACCAUGUGCAUGUUGCCAUUUAGAGCAGGCGUGAGUUGCUCCUCCUUCACCCCGUAUACGUCUCGGCAGCUAAGGAACGUGUACGCGAUCAAAUAAAGUGCGUGCAAUUCAAGCAUGCAUAUGCGGACCGUGUGAUCGUGAAAACAAAAAAAAAGAAGUUUUGCAUGGGGCUCUGUACAUAUGUAAACACGACUCCCCUUUGUGUGAUAUGCCCCGUAGUCUAACCAGAAAGUUAGCAGCAAAAGUGCGGUGAAAACUGAUUUCUGGUGCCAACGUUCUGAAGACUGGGUGGGGAUUGAGAACCCGCUCCCGCGUGCAGACGACAUCGAGUCUGCGCUCGCGAGAAAAGUCGUCAGUAGAUGUUGCAAGCAGUUGUUUGGGAAUUGUUGUUGUGCUAACGGAAAGGUCUAUGUUUGAGCUGAAGACUGCGCAUUGCUUGCGUUUGUCAAGGAAAUGUCUAUAUACAAAUAAAGCAGGGGGUUGGGGAGGGGUUGAAACUUAUUUUGUCACUGCUGCAUCGAUGCAGGUCUGCAAGCAACAAAUACUUGUCUUUCUGCCAUUGGCUCUUGGAACAAAUUGGCGCUCUGUGCUGCCUACAAUGUAAGACAAAAUUAUUAGUUCACGUUAUCAAAUAAAGAAGUCUAGUAUGCUA